GAAGAAAAUAAACCACGGUGAAAAUUAGGGUUUCUAAUCUGGGAAAAUUUACAGUGUAAAGAAGACGUAUCGUUUAUAAGUAUCUUGGCUUAUUACCUUUGCGGCCCCUUACGUAUCUCUCUAUCUGCACUCUCUCUAGCAUCGAAUCCGAUUCAAAGUUUACGCAACACCUAACGAUCCAAAAAGCAACGAUGAGCUCCCAUGAUCGCCGAUUCGCUGAUCCCAAUUCGUAUCGUCAACGCUCUCCCGCACCGGUUCGUUCGUCUCAGCCGAUGGAUCCUUCCGCCGCACCGUACAAUCCACGCUACAGCGGUGGUGUUGGUGGAGGAGGAGGAUAUAGACCGGCUCCUGUAAUGUCCGGUGACGGUUCCGGGUACGGUCAUUACCCGUCUUUUCACCCGCCUAGUAAUGGCUUCUCCGUCGGUCGCGGCGGAGGAAGAGGCGGUUACGGUGGGUACGGGGGUGUGAGGGGUGGGUACGGUGGAGGAGGAGGACGCGGUGGAUCGGGUAGAAGAGAGCUGGAUAGCGUUUCUCUUCCGAAACAGAGUUUUGGGAAUCUUGUUCAUUUCGAGAAGAAUUUCUACGUGGAGAGUCCCGUGGUGCAGGCGAUGACGGAGGAGGAUGUUGCGUUGUAUAGGACUGAGAAGGAUAUAUCUGUUGAAGGGCGUGAUGUUCCUAAGCCUAUUAAGAUGUUCCAAGAUGCUAACUUUCCAGAUAAUAUUCUCGACGCAAUUGCUAAGUUGGGAUUUACUGAGCCAACACCAAUACAAGCUCAGGGAUGGCCAAUGGCUUUGAAGGGUAGGGAUUUGAUUGGUAUUGCUGAGACUGGCUCUGGUAAGACUUUGGCUUACUUGUUACCAGCGUUGGUCCACGUAAGUGCACAACCUCGAUUGGGUCAAGAUGAUGGACCCAUCGUUUUAAUAUUGGCUCCCACGAGAGAAUUAGCAGUUCAGAUUCAAGAGGAAUCAAGGAAGUUCGGGCUGCGAUCUGGUGUUAGAAGCACUUGUGUCUAUGGAGGUGCUCCUAAAGGACGUCAGAUUCACGAUCUUAGAAGAGGUGUUGAGAUUGUAAUUGCUACACCUGGUCGUUUGAUCGAUAUGUUGGAGUGCCAACACACUAAUUUGAAGAGGGUGACUUACCUUGUGCUGGACGAGGCUGACAGAAUGUUAGACAUGGGAUUUGAACCCCAAAUUAGAAAGAUUGUGUCUCAGAUCCGACCUGACAGACAGACACUGCUUUGGAGUGCAACAUGGCCACGAGAAGUUGAAACUCUCGCCAGGCAGUUUCUACGAGAUCCGUACAAGGCCAUUAUUGGAUCAGCUGAUCUAAAAGCUAACCAGUCUAUUAACCAAGUAAUCGAGAUUGUACAGACGCCAGAGAAAUACAGCAGGCUCCUUACACUGCUUAAGCAGCUAAUGGAUGGAAGUAAAAUCUUAAUCUUUGUGGAGACAAAGAGAGGUUGUGAUCAAGUGACUAGACAACUGAGAAUGGAUGGAUGGCCAGCUCUUGCCAUACACGGUGACAAAAACCAAACGGAAAGAGAUCGUGUCUUGUCAGAAUUUAAGAGCGGAAGAAGCCCGAUAAUGACUGCCACUGACGUAGCAGCAAGGGGACUUGAUGUGAAGGACAUAAAGUGUGUGGUUAACUAUGAUUUCCCAACUUCAUUGGAGGAUUACAUCCACAGGAUUGGUCGAACCGGGCGUGCAGGGGCUAAAGGAAUGGCCAUGACAUUCUUCACACAUGACAAUGCUAAGUUUGCAAGAGAGCUUAUAAAGAUCCUUCAAGAAGCUGGUCAAGUUGUACCUCCCACUCUCUCUGCCCUAGUCCGAUCUUCCGGUUCUGGUGGUGGUGGUGGUGGAGGUGGACGUAGUUUCAGGUCAAGAGGAGGAGGACGUGGUGGAUUUGGAGAUAAACGGCCAAGAUCAACCUCAAACUUUGUACCUCAUGGUGGCAAAAGGACUUGGUAGAGAGAAAGAGAGCUUGGUUCUCUUGUCAUGUUGAAGCUCUCUGUUGUAGAGAAACGAAUGUUUUAUUGAAUUAGUUGAUUUAUUUAAUAAAUCAAACAUGAUUAAUAUUCAUAGCUGGUCGGAUACAUAAAUGAUUACUCUAUCCCUUUUAUCAUAUAAGAUAUUUUAGAAAAUUUUAUUUGAUUUAUAUGUUACUCUGCAAA